GCCGGGCCCUGAGCGCCGCGCGGGCCCCGCGCCGCCGCCGCCGCGCCAUGGCGGAGACCAAGAUCAUCUACCACAUGGACGAGGAGGAGACGCCGUACCUGGUCAAGCUGCCGGUGGCGCCCGAGCGCGUCACGCUGGCCGACUUCAAGAACGUGCUGAGCAACCGGCCCGUGCACGCCUACAAAUUCUUCUUCAAGUCCAUGGACCAGGACUUCGGGGUGGUCAAGGAGGAGAUCUCGGACGACAACGCCAGGCUGCCCUGCUUCAAUGGCCGUGUGGUUUCUUGGCUGGUCCUGGCCGAGGGUGCCCACUCGGACGCGGGGUCCCAGGGCGCUGACAGCCACACGGACCUGCCCCCGCCUCUGGAGCGGACAGGCGGCAUUGGGGACUCCCGGCCCCCCUCCUUCCACCCAAAUGUGGCCAGCAGCCGUGAUGGGAUGGACAGUGAGACCGGCACAGAAUCCAUGGUCAGCCACCGGCGGGAACGAGCCCGACGCCGGAACCGUGAGGAAGUCUCCCGGACUAACGGGCACCCCCGAGGAGACCGGCGCCGGGAACUGGGGCUGCCGCCGGACAGCGCGUCCACCGUGCUGAGCAGCGAGCUGGAGUCCAGCAGCUUCGUGGACUCGGACGAGGACGGCAGCACGAGCCGGCUGAGCAGCUCCACGGAGCAGAGCACCUCGUCCCGGCUCAUCCGGAAGCACAAGCGGCGGCGGCGGAAGCAGCGCCUGCGGCAGACGGACCGGGCCUCCUCCUUCAGCAGUAUCACGGACUCCACCAUGUCGCUCAACAUCGUCACCGUCACGCUCAACAUGGAGCGCCACCACUUCCUGGGCAUCAGCAUCGUGGGUCAGAGCAACGACCGCGGCGACGGCGGCAUCUACAUCGGCUCCAUCAUGAAGGGGGGCGCCGUGGCUGCCGACGGCCGCAUCGAGCCGGGAGACAUGCUGCUGCAGGUGAAUGACGUGAACUUCGAGAACAUGAGUAACGAUGACGCGGUCCGGGUGCUGCGUGAAAUCGUGUCCCAGACGGGGCCCAUCAGCCUCACGGUGGCCAAGUGCUGGGACCCGACCCCCCGGAGCUACUUCACCAUCCCCAGGGCUGACCCCGUGCGGCCCAUCGACCCGGCUGCCUGGCUGUCCCACACGGCGGCGCUGACCGGAGCCCUGCCCCGCUACGAGCUGCAGGAGGCGCCCCUGACGGUGAAGAGCGACAUGGGCGCCAUCGUCCGGGUCAUGCAGCUGCCGGACUCGGGCCUGGAGAUCCGGGACCGCAUGUGGCUCAAGAUCACCAUAGCCAACGCCGUCAUCGGGGCUGACGUGGUGGACUGGCUGUACGCGCACGUGGACGGCUUCAGGGAGCGCCGCGAGGCCCGCAAGUACGCCAGCAGCAUGCUGAGGCGCGGCUUCCUGCGGCACACGGUGAACAAGGUCACCUUCUCGGAGCAGUGCUACUACGUCUUCGGGGACCUGUGCAGCAACCUCGCCGCCCUGAACCUCAACAGCAGCCCCGGCGGCGGCGCCUCGGACCAGGACACGCUGGCCCCACUGCCCCACCCAGCUGCCCCCUGGCCCCUGGGGCAGGGCUACCCCUACCAGUACCCGGGCCCCCCGCCCUGCUUCCCACCCGCCUACCAGGACCCCGGCUUCAGCUACGGCAGCGGCAGCGCCGGCAGUCAGCAGAGUGAAGGGAGCAAGAGCAGUGGGGGGUCCACCCAGAGCAGCCGUCGGGCCCCAGGCUGGGAGAAGGAGCGUCGGGCGGCCGGAGCCGGCGGCAGCGGGAGCGAGUCGGACCACACAACACCGAGCGGGGUGGGCGGCAGCAGCUGGCGAGAGCGCCCGGGCAGCCAGGCCUCCGCGGCUGCCCCAGGGCUGCCCCCACCGCACCCCCUGACAAAGGCCUGUGUGGUGGCCGGGGGGCCGCCCGGGGGGCCACCUGUGCGAGAGCUGGCUGCUGUGCCCCCAGAGCUGACGGGCAGCCGCCAGUCCUUCCAAAAGGCCAUGGGGAACCCCUGUGAGUUCUUUGUAGACAUCAUGUGACAGGGGCCAGUGCCUGUGGCCUUGUCUUAGUGUGGCCGACUGGGGCGGGUGGGCCGUGGGAGCGGGCAGGUGGUGAGGUGCCAUGGGCAGCCAGACCAGCACCAUCGGAUCUGGUGGCCUGUCCACCCCGGGGUCUCCAGGUGUGCAGCGGCUGUGUCCAUGCAGACCUCUGUUGAGGGAGGCCUGGUGGUCCCUGCUCAGGGACCCUGCCCCCGCCACUGUGUGGAUGUGACCUCCCUCCAGCCUGGGCCCCGCGUCCCCUCCCUGACCGUGUGCACGGGCCUCUGCGGCCGGCCGAAACCCAAUUCCCAGGCCCCUCUGGGGCCGCCCACGGGAGGGGCCUAAUUUAUUUAUUUAUUGCCCGGCCGCUGCCCCCGUCUGCACAGUGGAGCAGCGUUCCUACUCCCCCCAGGGCCGAGUCUGAAAGUGGAUUGGGGGGCGGAGAGGGGCCGGGCACCCCCACACCUCGCCUCGGCGGUGGGAGGGCGGGGCGUGGGACCCUAGGGCCGGGGGCACGGCUGGAGACAGGAGGCCACCCUGGCUGUCCCCGGUGUCCGCCCGCACACAGGCCACCUGGCGUCUGCAGCCCCCGCGCCUCUGCACUGUAGAUGCCGGACCUGUCCAGCGGCUGGACGGGUCACAUAGCUGCUUCUGUGUAAAUGCUAUUUUAAACACUAAAAAGCAUUUAAUUUUA